AUGACAUCCACAUUCCCACUUACACUCCUCGGCAGCCUCAAAGCUGGAUUCGGCAUGGGCCUCAUCCUCGCCCCAGCAUGGACAACGAGCUCACUAUACUACCGAAAUCUUGACCCAGCGUCAACCAAUCUAGCCGUCCGCAUGGUAGGCGCUCGAGAACUUCUUUUCGGUGCUCUCCUUUUGGGUGCUAAGACUCAUGAGACGAGACGUGCUGCUGUGAUGGCGAGUGCAGCUGUUGAUGCACUGGACUUGGCGGCUACGAUCUGGGGAUGGGAGAGGGGCCAGGUUGAGAACAGUACGGCAGGCGUCUUUUCGGCCGCAGCUACUGCAAGUGUUUUGCUCGCUGGUUUAGUGUGGAAGAAAGCCGGAUUGGGGGCGAUCAAGAGUCUCAAGAUGUGA